CUAAGUAGAUUCAGAGAAUAGAACUUAAAAUUCAGUGCUAAGCCACAGAAUAGUCAUUCUGGCUCCCCCCCCCCUAUUUUUAUAUCUGAAAAAGAGUAGAUAACUAAAAGUCAUUCAUAAUGAAAUAUACCAAAUGCAAUUUCGCGAUGUCAGUCGUUGGCAUUAUACUCUAUGUAACUGAUUUAGUUGCAGACAUCCUCCUAUCUGUUAGGUAUUUCCACAAUGGACAAUAUGUUUUUGGUGUUUUAACAUUGAGCUUUGUGCUCUGUGGGACACUCAUAGUGCAGUGUUUUAGCUAUUCAUGGUUGAAGGACGAUUUAAAGAAAACAGGACAAGAAAAUGAGCAUUAUUUUCUUCUACUUCAUUGCUUUCAAGGAGGAGUCUUUACAAGGUAUUGGUUUGCCUUGAGAAAGGGUUACCAUGUGGUUUUCAAACAUAGCAAGAGAACAAGGAAUUCCAUGGAGGGACAAACGGAUCCUCACAAAGAAGUCAUCGACAUCGUCACUGACCUGAGCAUGCUCAGGCUGUUUGAGACCUACCUGGAAGGCUGCCCACAACUCAUCCUUCAGCUCUACGCCUUUCUGGAACGUGGCCAGGCAAAUUUAAGUCAGUAUGUGGUCAUCAUGGUUUCCUGCUGCGCUAUUUCUUGGUCAACAGUCGAUUAUCAAAUAGCUUUAAGAAAGUCAUUGCCCGAUAAAAAUCUGCUCAGGGGACUCUGUCCCAAACUCACCUAUCUCUUUUACAAGCUGUUCACCUUGCUGUCAUGGACACUGAGUAUUGUGCUUCUGCUGCUUGUGGAUGUGAAGGCUGCUUUGUUUCUGCUGUUAUUUCUUUGGAUCAUAGGUUUCAUAUGGGCGUUUAUAAAGCAAACUCAGUUUUGUAACUCUUUCAGUAUGGAGUUCUUAUACAGAGUUGUUGUUGGAGUCACCCUUGUGUUUACAUUUUUUAAUAUCAAGGGGCAGGAUACCAAAUGUCCGAUGUCUUGCUAUUAUACUGUAAGGGUGCUAGGCACCCUGGGGAUCCUGACUGUGUUCUGGGCUUACCCUCUCUCCAUUUUUAAUUCGGAGUAUUUUAUCCCCAUCAGCGCCAUCGUAGUUCUGGCUCUUCUCCUUGGGAUUGUUUUUCUUACUGUUUAUUACGGUGUUUUCCACCCAAACAGAACUGUCAAAGCGCAGAAUGAUGAAACUGAUGGACAGCCAGCACAGAGAGACUGUAGAAUGAGAUAUUUCCUAAAGGACUAA